ACUGCCCCAGUGAACAAGCACCAAACCAGCGUGCGUGAGUGCAGAGUUGGAUGGUGAGACGGGCAUUGCAUGACGUGCAAUCUUGUGUCGUUCUUAUCAGAAUAAAGCUACAUGAUUGGUGCUACAUAUUGGAGUUCCGUGUCGAUGACUGAUGUACACAACGCCAGAAGAGUACUGUUACACCUGGAAUGAGUAGUGUUUUCUGUUGUGGUCAAGAGUCAGCUCAAACCCCAGGUUUCCAUGGUCCUCACAUUCAAGCAAGUCUACUCUGGGGAUACAAUAAUUCUGAGUUGUGACAACAGCACAGGUAAGGUAAAAUGGUUCUUCAACAAGGUUGAGGAUCAAAAUCAAGCCAACAAGACAUGGAGCAUAAGGGCUGUCUCCGCUAAGAACUCCGGCUCAUAUCAGUGUGAGAACAAUGGACAGAAGAGUGACAACUUCAACAUCACAGUUCUAGAGUACCUUCCACCUGCCACUCUGUUGAUCAAGUCAGGGGAGCCAGUCAUCAACAUAUAUGGCUCAGUAGUCCUGGAGCUGCUGGUGGAGGAGGAUGAGAAUCUGAAGGGAUGGUGCUGUUGGGUGUACAAGGCUGGGGGAGUACACAGAAUAACACUCAGGAAAAGUCUGACGACCGAAAAUCACAAAGUGUUGACCUUUCAACCCAGCAAACUGAACGACCCCGUCGCCAUCUACUGGUGUAGUGACGAGACUAACCUGAGGAGCACCCCCCUCACCAUCAAGACCUCAGGCCGGGUCGUACGGAUGAUGAUAUUGCCUGGGCCUGCUCUUUUGGGGGAGAAACUGAGUCUGCGGUGUGUUGUGUCGGGGACCGACCGAAUUAGCCACACUAUAUUCUACAAGGAUAAACAGACGAUAAAAGACGGUUCCAGUUCUUCUUAUGUUAUCAACAAUGUGACCGAGUCCGACCAGGGGAUAUAUAGCUGUCAAGCCACCUUUACGCGAAGGGACAAAGGAAUGCCAAGCACAUUCAACUCAACUCAACAAGAACUGAUUGUUUCAGCACCCCCUAUGAAGGCAGUUGUCUCGGAGUCCGCUGGCCUGUCCUGCUCAUGCUCCAGCUGCCCCAACGGCGCCUUCUAUCACUGGUACUACAAACAGCACAAUCCUCAGUGGCUACCUAAAGGCAUCAGCCAAAGCUACACAGGUUUCAUGCCGGCUGGUAGUUACGCAUGCAGAGCAGUGUGGAAAAACGGGAGGUCUGCACUAAGCGAUAUCCAUCAUUAUGACGUCGACGCUCAAGAGACACAUGUGCUACUGAUCACCAUUGGGUUGAUCGUCUUGGGGGUUAUGCUGGUCAUAGGAGCCAUAGUCAUGUAUCGCAAGAGGAGGACUAGGGAAGAGGCCAUUUACCAAGAUAUGCCCCUGAUGACAGUGAAGUCGCAGGAUGGAGGAGAUGGGGGGUACGAGGAGCUCCACAAAAAACAUGGUACCAAGAGAGAGGGAGAGUACGACACCCUGAACACAACUCCAGCACAAGCAGCAGGAGGAGAGAAAACAGAGGGAGCGUACGAAGCGCUGAAGAAAGCAGAAGGAAAGGAGGAGGAGUACCACACCUUGGAGGAAGGAGCGGCGAAAGGUGGGGAUGGGGGGUAUGAAGCUUUGAAAAAGUCCAAAGAUGAGGGAACUGGGGAUCUGUACCACACCUUGGGGGAAAAGGGGGCGAAAGGUGGGGAUGGGGGGUAUGAAGCGUUGAAAAAGUCCCAAGAUGAGGGAACUGGGGAUCUGUACCACACCUUGGGGGAAAAGGGGGCGAACGGUGGGGAUGGGGGGUAUGAAGCUUUGAAAAAGUCCCAAGAUGGGGGAACUGAGGAUUUGUCCCAUGCUUUGGGGGCAGAAGGAGGCAAAGAGUGAGAUGGAGAGUUUGCAGCAUUGGAGAAGGCUAAAGAGGGGUAUACCGAUCUCUGGGAGCAGAAAGGGGAGAGGAGAAGUAGGCCUAGAUCUGAGACAAUAGGAAGUCCUGUAAUGACAAGAGGAAAGGUGGGGUGUAGGAUCGGUGGCGUAGCGCAGUUUUACAGGGCCCCCCGCAAGGUCCAAGCAAGGCAGUUUCAUAGCUAAGCUCAUGCUAUUUGACCCAUUUUGCCAUUAGGCUGAAAGAAAAGUUUGCUGUUUUAGAGCUAAUUUCCUGCUAUUCUACACAUUUUGCCAUGAAUCUGAGAGAACAGUUUGUAGUUUUAAAGCUAAUUUCCUGUAAUAAAAAUAAAUAAUUCCUCCCGAGUGGCGCAGCGGUCUAAGGCACUGCAUCGCAGUACUUGAGGCAUCACUAAAGAGUCAGGUUCGAUCCCAGGCUGUGUUGCAGCAGGCCGCGACCGGGAGACCAAAGAGGCGGUGCACAAUUGGUCCAGCAUCGUUCGGGUUAGGGGAGGGUUUGGCCGCCCGGGAUGUCCUUGUCCCAUCACGCUCUAUCGACUCCUUGUGGCGGGCCGGGCGCAUGCACGCUGACUAUGAUCGGCAGUUGUGCGGUGUUUCCUCCGACACAUUGGUGCGGCUGGCUUCCAGGUUAAGCGAAGCGGAGUGUCAAGAAGCAAGUGCGGCUUGGCAGGGUCAUGUUUCGGAGGACGCAUGGCUCUCGACCAUCGCCUCUCCUGAGUCCGUACGGGAGUUUCAGCGAUGGGACAAGACUGUAACUACUAAUUGUAUAUCACGAAAUUGAGGAGAAGAAAAAGGGGUCAAAAAAUACAAAUAAAUAAUAAUAAUAAAUGUCUUAUGACAUGUACAUAUGUUAUCUGGGAUGC